AUGAUGGUGUUGCCGACAGGGUAUCGAGACCGGGCAGAAGAGUUCGUCGAGGAGCAGGGCAGGGCUGGCGGCUACCUGCGACGAAGCCAGUUUCGGGCGGUGACGCUCUGCACGGUGAAGCGAGGCGGAGGUCGCCUCGGACCUGUUGGCGACGAGGGAAAGCAGGGGCGAGAUGGUCGCAAGCCCGAUGAAUCCUGCCACCUCGCGCGACGAGAAAUUCGUCCCACCACUCGACCAGGGGAUUCGGAGAACAGGACGAAAACGGGGGAGGCCAGAUGGCCUUGGGAGUGGAUGAAGGCCGAUGGGGCUUUGCUCGGGCGGCCGUCGACGGACGGGUAA